GACACCGAGGGGCGCUCUGGAGCGGAGCCGCUCCCGGGAAAUCUAGUUCCGACGAGGUGGGGUGAAUGGUCCGCCCGCCGCGCGGCCCACGAUUCUGCAGGCGGGGAGCCCACUCCCGUCUAGCACCGCCCUUCCUCGCUGAGCCCCAAACCCAGCCUCACGCUGGUAGCCACACCACAGGUUUCCCUGCCUCGGGAAGCCAAGGGCCAGGCCAGCGCCCAGAAAGGAGGCAAGAAGAGGGUGGGACUCCUGAGCAUUUCACGCCUUGGGUGGGCAUGCACUCCAGGCCGGGAUUUCCUCGCCCAAGCUGCCCGGAAGCAGUCUCCCAGGGCCAAGGUGGACAUCUCGCCUGCAGGUUUCCCAUGCCUCCCCUGUCCGGUCCCCACAAAACUCUGCACGCCCAUCCCUUCCAGACCACUGAGCCAGGGAGCGCAGAGUCUUUGCCUCAUAACUGAUCUCCUUUAGCUUUCUCGGGCAAAUAACGCCAAGAAGAGGACAGGGUAGACACGACCUUUCUGCUUUAGAGUGCAGGUCCCCUUCCAGAGCCUGAGCCCCUAUCAUGCAUCUCACCAGGGGCAUCGUGAACGUCGCCUCCUCCACGAACCUGCUGACCGACUCCAAGAGUCUGCAACUGGUGCUCGAGCCCAGUCUUCAGCUGCUGAGCCGCAAACAGCGGAGGCUGAUCCGUCAGAACCCGGGGAUCCUGCACAGCGUGAGCGGGGGGCUGCAGAGCGCGGUGCGAGAGUGCAAGUGGCAGUUCCGCAACCGCCGCUGGAACUGCCCCACGGCUUCGGGGCCCCACCUCUUCGGCAAGAUCGUCAACCGAGGCUGUCGGGAAACCGCCUUUAUCUUCGCCAUCACCUCCGCCGGGGUUACCCAUUCAGUGGCACGCUCCUGCUCAGAGGGCUCCAUCGAGUCCUGCACGUGCGACUACCGGCGGCGCGGCCCCGGGGGCCCCGACUGGCACUGGGGGGGCUGCAGCGACAACAUCGACUUCGGCCGCCUCUUCGGCAGGGAGUUUGUGGACUCCGGGGAGAAGGGGCGGGACCUGCGCUUCCUCAUGAACCUUCACAACAACGAGGCGGGCCGCACGACGGUGUUCUCCGAGAUGCGCCAGGAGUGCAAGUGCCACGGGAUGUCGGGCUCGUGCACGGUGCGCACGUGCUGGAUGCGGCUGCCCACGCUGCGCGCGGUGGGCGACGUGCUGCGCGACCGCUUCGAUGGCGCCUCGCGCGUCCUCUAUGGCAACCGCGGCAGCAACCGCGCCUCCCGGGCGGAGCUGCUGCGCCUGGAGCCCGAAGACCCCGCGCACAAGCCGCCCUCCCCCCACGACCUCGUCUACUUUGAGAAAUCGCCCAAUUUCUGCACCUACAGCGGACGCCUGGGGACGGCGGGCACGGCGGGGCGCGCCUGCAACAGCUCGUCGCCCGCGCUGGACGGCUGCGAGCUGCUCUGCUGCGGCCGGGGCCACCGCACGCGCACACAGCGCGUCACCGAGCGCUGCAACUGCACCUUCCACUGGUGCUGCCACGUCAGCUGCCGCAACUGCACGCACACGCGCGUACUGCACGAGUGUCUGUGACACGCUGCGCGGACUCGCCCCCGGGAGCGUUCUCCUCUCGCGCACCUCCCAACAGACCCCUCUGCGCCCCCAGCCAGUCCCUGCGGCCACACUCCCCGGGAUUCCUGCCUCCGCGAUCGUUUCUCCCACCUCCUCCUACCUGGGGACUCCUGAAACCACUCGCCUGGGCCGGCAUGAACCCUCUUGCCAUCCUGACGGACCUGCCCCGGACCUACCUCCCUCCCUCUCCCGGGAGACCCCUUGUUGCACUGCCCCCUGCUUGGCCAGGAGGUGAGAGAAGGAUUCGCCGCCCCCCCCCCCACCCCCAACCUCGUGGGGUCAGCUUCUGACAGCGUGGCUCUACCCGCCAGUGACCUCCUCGCCCCUCUCCCUCCCCUUUAUGGUCAGCUCUCCUCCCGCUCUUCCCAUUCUCCUGCCAGGGCACAGACCCUGAACACACACCUGGGCACCAGGGCCUUUUUCUCCCCCUCUCCCACCCUCCAGCUGAACCGGGAGGUUCCAGGGUGAAAGGGCAGCUGUGGUGAUGUGGAAGAGGAGGUUGGGGGACCCAGCAGAAGUACCCCCAUUCUCCCAGCCUCUGUCAUGGAACCAUUGAACAGCUGUGAGCCAUGCCUCCCUCGGCCACCUCCUACCCCUUCCUGUCCUGCCUCCUCAUCAGUGUGUAAAUAAUUUGCACUGAAUCGUGGAUACAAAGCCACGAGUCUGGUUGUUGUAAAUAAAACUAUUUAUUGUGCUGGGUUCCAGCCUGGCUUGCAGAGACCACUUCCACCCCAACCCAAUCCCUCUCCCUUCUUUUCUCCUUUUGCUCUCCAGCGUUUUUUGAUCUCUCUUCUCCUCUCCCCAAUUUCUCAAAGAUGCUGUUGCCUACCGGAAUCAGUAUUUCCUUCCAGUGUAGCUAUUAGUGGCUCCUCGCCCCCACCAAUGUAGUAUCUUCCUCUGCAGAAUAAAAUCUCUAUUUUUAUCAAUGA